UUAGCAAAGAGUUUUAGUCACUAUGAAAGAAAAACAUUUGGAUGGUGUGCUUUUGUUGUUAUGUUAGUUGUUGUGUUUAGCACUUGCAUUAUUUUCAAGAAUCAUUUGUAUCCUCAAUCAUUUAAUGGCGAUGCCAUGAAUUUACAAUUAUCAAUCAAGGCUAGUGCUGAAGAUAUGUUUGUGAUCAAGGAUACAACACUUCUCAAGAAAUUAGAAACAGAGAAAAAGGAUGCAGAGCCAAUGUGUAAUGUGUUAGAGCCAUUGUCUGAUUACUGUGAGACCAAAGGGGACAUAAGGGUUCAAGGAAAUUCAUCGACAAUUUUCGUCGUUUCAUCUCAUGAUUUCAACAUCAAUUCAUGGAUCAUACAACCAUAUCCAAGAAAAGGUAAUGCAGGGGCAAUGUCAAGAGUAAAAUCAUGGACAGUGAAAUUAGUACAAGACGGCGAAAAAAUCCCAAAAUGUAGUGUGUAUCAUGGCUAUCCAGCACUUCUAUUUUCACUUGGAGGAUAUUCUGGAAAUCACUUUCAUGAUUUCUCAGAUUUACUUGUUCCAAUCUUUUCAAAUUCGCGUUAUUUUAAUUCAGAGGUGCACUUUCUUGCCACAGAUUAUAAGUCGUGGUGGAUAGGCAAGUACAGAACGUUGCUUAACAACAUGUCUAAGAACAAAAUUCUUGACAUUGACAAUGAAAAGAAGGUACAUUGUUUUCCUAGUGUGACAACAGGCCUUAAAUCACAUACAGAAUUCGGUAUUGACUCCUCAAAGUUCCCAAAUAGGGUGUCUAUGCGCGAUUUUAGACAGUUCUUGAGGAGUUCAUUGUCACUAAACAGAGUUGAGUCUAUCAAAAUGAAGGAUGAUAUUGUUACGAGGCCACGAUUAUUGAUCAUGUCAAGGAAGAAAUCGCGAAUUUUAUUAAAUGAGGAUGAUGUUAGACAAAUGGCUGAAAAUUUAGGUUACGAGGUUGUCCUAGCUGAGGCUAACCUUAGUACAAAUUUGACGAAAUUCGCGCAAAUUGUUAAUUCUUGUGAUGUGAUAAUGGGAGUACAUGGAGCUGGAUUAACCAACAUGAUUUUUCUCCCUAAUAGUGCAGUUUUAAUUCAGUUAGUUCCUUUAGGAGCAAUGGAUUAUUUGGCUAAACGUGAUUUUGGAGAUCCUGCUAGAGAAAUGAACAUAAAAUACUUAGAUUAUAAAAUUGGUGUGAAUGAGAGUUCUUUAGUGGAACAAUAUCCACUUAAUCAUAAAGUUUUUAAAGAUCCAUCAUCAUAUUUUAGGAAAGGAUGGGGUGUGUUUAGAUCAAUUUAUUUAGAUAAACAAAAUGUAAAAGUUGAUUUUAAUAGGUUUAGGUCUACUUUAUUAGAAGCUAAAAGGCUUUUAGCCACUUCUUGAUUUUGUGCACUAUAGUGUGUAUGUUUCAUUUGUAGUUCAUUGUGUAAUGUGCAUUUUUAUGUACUACUUGAGUGAUUCAAUUUUCAUUGAUGAACAAUUGUGCAAUGUUAUAAUA